CCCGGGAGGGGAGGGAAUGGAGCCGGCCAGCGGGAGCGCGCUCCUCAACCCGCGGGCCGCGCAUGCGUCGGCAGUGAUGGUGGGCGAGUGGAACCCAUGAGGGAGCGAAGCCGGGGAGGGGGAAACGAGAGAGCGACGCACGGAGCGAGCGAGAGCGAACACGAGCGGGAGACAUGGCCGGGGUGUUCGACAUCGACUUGGAUCCCGAGUACCAGCAGGAAGAAGCCGUUUCGGACGAGGAGCUGGAAGGGAUUCAGUACAGUGACUGCAUGGAGCAUGGUGUUCCCUUUGAACUGGAUAUGGAGCACUGUGAAAAGUUUGAAAUCUCUGAAAAUAAUGUGAAUCGAGGUCCAGAAAAGAUCCGACCAGAAUGCUUUGAGCUUCUGCGUGUACUGGGCAAAGGUGGUUAUGGGAAGGUUUUCCAAGUCCGAAAAGUAUCAGGAGCGUACACUGGAAAGAUAUUUGCUAUGAAAGUGCUAAAGAAGGCAAUGAUCGUUCGUAAUGCAAAAGACACUGCGCAUACUAAAGCAGAGCGCAGUAUCUUAGAGGACGUGAAGCAUCCGUUCAUUGUGGAUUUGAUGUAUGCUUUCCAGACUGGGGGUAAACUCUACCUCAUCCUUGAGUAUCUCAGUGGUGGAGAGCUCUUUAUGCAGCUAGAAAGGGAAGGAAUCUUCAUGGAAGAUACUGCUUGUUUUUAUUUAGCGGAAAUAUCAAUGGCUUUGGGGCACUUGCAUCAGAAGGGUAUUAUCUACAGAGACUUGAAGCCAGAAAACAUCAUGCUGAAUCGUCAAGGGCACGUUAAACUGACAGAUUUUGGACUAUGUAAAGAAUCUAUUCAUGAUGGUGCAGUGACCCACACGUUUUGUGGCACAAUUGAGUACAUGGCGCCUGAAAUUUUAAUGAGAAGUGGACACAAUCGAGCUGUGGACUGGUGGAGUUUAGGAGCCCUAAUGUAUGACAUGCUGACUGGAGCACCACCAUUCACUGGAGAGAACAGGAAGAAGACAAUUGACAAGAUCUUGAAGUGUAAACUCAAUUUGCCACCCUACCUCACGCAGGAAGCCAGAGAUCUUCUUAAAAAGCUGCUAAAAAGGAAUGCUGCUUCACGCCUUGGAGCUGGAGUUGGGGAUGCAGCAGAUGUCCAGGCUCAUCCUUUCUUCAGACACACAAACUGGGAGGAUCUACUUGCUCGGAGAGUUGAGCCACCUUUCAAGCCAUUUCUGCAAUCAGAUGAUGAUGUUAGCCAGUUUGAUUCAAAGUUCACACGACAGACACCUGUUGACAGCCCUGAUGACUCAACCCUCAGCGAAAGUGCCAAUCAGGUCUUCCUGGGAUUCACAUAUGUGGCUCCAUCAGUACUGGAAAGCGUCAAAGAAAAAUUCUCAUUUGAGCCAAAAAUCCGUUCACCUCGCAGAUUUAUUGGCAGCCCUAGGACUCCAGUCAGCCCAGUGAAGUUUUCAUCUGCUGACUGCUGGGGCCGGGGUGCUAACAUGGAACCACCCAGAGAACGUGGAUCUUCAGACUACCCAAUGGAUGUUGGUGUGGAACAGAUGGACGUAACAGUGAGUGGAGAGGCAUCUGCUCCACUGCCAAUCCGACACCCUAUGGGCGUGAGCUCUGUGCCUUUCAAAAAGCAAACGUAUCCAGUGCCCCCAAAUAGACCCGCACAUCUGCGUAUGAACCUAUGACAACAGGUGAAUGGAGAAGGAAGGAAAAAGUUCGAUGCAAGACUGCGCUUGUGCAAGUGCUGACCAAGUACAAAUGAGAGUAUUUUUGGGAGGAUGCUAAGCCUCCCCAUCUUUCUCUCUCCACAAUACCCCCAAACCCCUUUUCAAAAACAACCAUGGAACUCUUGGUUCAGGAUAUUACUCAAUGAAACUUAUGCAUCACUGAUGGAAGAAAAAGGAGAUUUAAAAUAAUUGGUGGGGUGAUGAACAUUUUUGUGAGACGCAUGUACUGCAUCAGUUUAGGGGCAUUAACGUCCCACGCAGCAUUUCUCCUCCUUGAGGUUCUGCACUAGACGUUAACUGAAAAGUCCCGUGGCUCAUCAUCAUUAAUGGUGUUGAAGAAAUCUUUCUGCUUAGGUGCCUGAUGAACAGUAUUAUUAACGGCAGAGUUGUUGCACGGCUUUGCCUGAAUCUCUCAAUCAAAUUGCAGCUUAUGUCUGGAGGGGAGGGUAGGGUAGGGGAGGGUGCAGAAAAUGCUGGGUGUGUCUGCACCCGGGAUAGGAAAGAUUGCACAUUGGGUUCUGAUAACGUUAUGACAAAGUCUCAGACACUCAAUCCUGUAUUGUAACACAUUGAAACCCACGUAAAUACAGUUUAUGGAAAGAGAUCAUGGAUUAAAAAAAAAAAAUCUAUAUACACGCUGUAAUGCGUACAAUGGUGAUAGAAUUGUAUUAACUCUUUGGUACAUGCAAGUCUUAAAAACUUAAGUUUGCUUUGUGUAGACUUAAUGUUUGAACAGGUUUAAAGUUUACCACAUUAUCUGCCUUUUUGCUACUGCAACUAUACUCUCUUAGAGUUGUCUAUAAUCACAGUACAGGUGGAAAUCUAUCUUGUUCUUUUCUAGAAAGAGUUGUACCAUCUCCCAAGAGUGUACCAGCAUGUUGGUGCACCAUUUGUGCAGCAAGCACUUUAAAAUCUAGCCUAUCUGCAUUUCUGGAUCAUUGAAUUUCUAGUUUAAAUCCUUUCUAUACCCUUUAAAUUUCAUUAUUCUCUGUUUCUCUUUCGAACUAUGUUUUUAUGCUGGCAUCCAUGCCACAUACCUCAAUAGCAUAACAGACCCCAAAGUUGAGGUAAGGCAGGGAUGGGAAAUGAAGAUAUUCAUUUAGACUCGAACCAAGUCUUCCCUUCCUGCAUUCAAGCCCUUCUGAAGAGCCUGAAAUUCAGUGGUACCUCCCAUGUAUAAGCCGUGGUUCUGAGCAGAAUACUAUAUAUUAAGAUCUCCCAAAAAAAACUUUCCACAGCUAUAGUACUCAACUGACAUUUGUUCUGAUUAUGUCGUUGCUGUGUUGUAGAUUUUCAGGUCUGAUUUGUGUGAAAUGUAGUGUGUGCUGAAAUGUUUUUAUUUGCAAGCUGCUUUUCCUGUAUCUGUCUCUGCUACUGAAAUCAGUUGAGCCAUAGGAUACAAGCCAUAAAUGUCUUUAUGCACGGAAAGGUAGUCUGGCAUGCCAUAAGCCUUUUUGAGUACAAACCAAUAUGAAAGCUUAGAUUUAAACUUAAAAGCUGUUAUGUAUGCAGACUUGCAUAUAGAGACCUGAAAAUGCAGUUCAGAUGCCAUUCAUUUCAGUGACAUUUAUCCUUGGUUAAAUUCAUAAAUAUUUCUCUCCCAUUUCUUGUCCUUUGGCUCAGAGCACAGUGAUCUCAUUAAUUUCAGCCACUUGAACUUACCUUUUGCUGAAGAAAAUUCACGAUUUAAUCGUUAAGAGCUCCAUUUCAUCUUACCCUCACCCAUUGUUGUGAUUAUAUUGGUAUCAAUAUUUGCUUUUGGGCGUUAAUUUACAUGUCUCACUUGAACACUUUUCCUGUUUUACUGAAGUAGAAAAUCAUGGUAAAUGAAGUUCUGGUUGUGAGGAUCGUACAUGGACCUGUAACUUAGGAACUGGGGCCAUUAAUUGGAGAGAAGGAAUUGCUUCUUCAAAGUAUCUAAUGCUAAAAUUCAAAUUUAUUUAGGAGGUUAAUUGCUAGUUUUGCUUUUUCAUUUCUUCUCCCCGACAAUAAUUCCAUUGUGAUUUCAAUAACGUAAAGCCAUAUUGGCCUGUUCUGUUUAUCAGCAAAAUCUUCGACUGAGAAAUCUGAUCUUGGUCUGGAAGAACAUGGAAAAAUGUUUGAGUCAUGUAGUACAAUAGGAGCAUCAUUUUAAAUUCUCCGUAAUGUUGGCUGUGAAGAGAUUUAUAUUCUAAUACUGAACUUGGAUUGAUCAGCCUCCGAUCGUAAUUAUUGUAGUUUACUACAAAUGGCUCAAGAUUCAAUACCAGUUAUUGAAACUUAAUGAUUUAUUGUGCAUAUGAUUCUCUGAGCAUGUUACAUAUUCAAUCACCUAUCCUGGAACUGUCCACGUGACUCAGAAGAUGCUAUGUACUGAACUAACAUGACUAUAUCAAUGGCAACCUUGGAGUUGCGUGUAUUUGUCCAAUUUGUCAUAAGAAAUGCUACAUUUCAUUUUUACAGUUUCUCAGGCCUAUGUUCCACUAAAUCCUCCCUCCUUUGUCUGUAUGAAAAUGGCCAUGUUCCUAAUCUGUGCAGCUGACCAUAUAUCCAUUUACCAUAAAAGUCAUUUGAUGUAAUUUGUAAGAUAUCGUUCAGUCUUGACUGAGCUAAAAGUAACUGUGGCAGCAUUUGUUUUAUUUUCUGUUGAGCUAGUUUGAAAUGUUAAGUUCUAGAAAUGCCUAAACCUGCCUCCUGGCCAUGCUGCUGUAUGGUUAGCUGAAAUAUGAGUGGCCUUUUGCUCAGAUUCUCGCAUCAAGCUUCUCUAGGUGACAUGGUUGAGAUUGGAAUUUUUUAAUUACAAAGAGGUUUGUGGCGUGAACUUGUGUUCCAUCACUGCUGCAGCACAAGAGGCUGCCAACAAGCUCUAUACCAGACGGAGAUUGAAUAUCAGCUUGUAUGUGAUGCACUUAAUACAAUGUGAUCAGAGAGUUGGUAGAAGCAAUUUUAAUAAGCUUCUUGUUAGAUGCCAUAAAACCAAACUCUCAGAACUGACCACGUUUGCCAGGAAACAUUCUCCAGGAAGAGGGGCAGUUGUGCUCUUAACUCCAAGACUUAGUUGAAGUCAUGAUUUUUAUUUUUUUAAAGUGGGCAAAAUACAUAAAGUAGAUUUUAUGUUUACAAGGGCAUCACUACCUCCCACCUUUAGUUAUACAGAGUUAUUCAGUGACUUCAAAAACUGUCUUUAUUGUAUUACAGUGCUGAAAUCUAUUAAUUUCUAUUUAACUCUAUAAAAAAAAGUCAGUAAAGGCUGAUUUGCAGUCUAUACAUCUUUCAAAUUCACUGCUGUUGUUAAUGCAAGAGUUAUACAAUGGUAUAAUCAGGUGUGUUGUUUGAGUUUGUCCAUAUCGUUUUUAUAAUUUUGGGGUUUUACAGAGCUUUGUGGGUCACAUUCUAUGAUUCUAUGUUUCUCCAUUUUGAUCAGAAAGCCAGAGGCCAGAAAUGAAAACAGUUCAUAGAUUUGAAUAUUGCUAUUGCCCAAGUACCAAUGUUCUGUUCAAGAAAGAUCAGAUCAAUAACCUGAAUUAUAUUCAAGGAAUAAUGUCUAUGUAAUCUAUACAAGCAUCCAAAGUGACAGUUUUACAAAUGUCAAGUUCAAAGCAAUUCUGAAACAGAUUUCUUUGUAGAGAAUUAGAAAUGAAGCCUCUUCACUUAGAAAAGCUAUUGAAGGAGCCUAAUGACUUGGUUGACUUUGUGGAAUCAUUAAUGCAUCCAAAGUCCAAUCUAAUUUAUGUUAAAAAUAUUCAUUAGCGAUGGAUCAUACACUUGCUAGGAGUUAGGGAGUAGGUUGCAGAUGCCCUUGGCUAUCUGGUAUUCUGCAGUCACUAGGGCUGUUGUAUUGAAUUUGGGAAGGCUGAGAGAAUAAUGGCUGCAUGUUCCCUAUCACUUGUCUAGUUGCAUUUCAUAGGCACUGCAUGAUGAAAUGGAGAUGUAAGUGGCUUACUUCUAUGAUCUGCCAGAUUAGCAAACAUGCAUUUACCCAUUGGGUGAUUUGAAGAGGCGUGGGGAUUAAGUCUUGCUGUCUGGGUAAUGAAAAUUCACAUUUUGUCAUUCUUCCGGUACUGCUUCACAGCUACUGUAGACUGACCAUAGAACAUAGCAAAUUAAGCAUUGAAUCACUAUUGUGUUGUCAGUCUCUCUCUUUCUGUUAUCUUUUUAUGUAGCAGUCAGCAAUCAUGUAAAGGCCAAUAAGUUUUCCAAGGUUGUAAUUGCAAAGCACUAAAACACAUGUUGGAAUGAGUUUUGGUGUCUUUUAUUAAAUAAAAUCCAACACUUACAAAGAACUGUGCUGAACUGUAUCUGACUUGAAGAUUUUUAUAUAAUGAGUUUUCCAUAAUAUCUGGGGAAGUGUCUUAAAAAUAUUGAAUGCCAAAGUCAGGUUGAAUUAAUGUCUGCUUUGGCUGUUAAAUCAGCUGUUUCACAUCCUGAGUUUUCACCCUAAUUUCUUCUCUCCUCCUCGGUCUGAUUUCUACCAACUGCCCGCCACCCCCCAAAAAAACAGCAAACACCACAACUCUGGAGGAGAGGGGAGGAAUAAUUCUUGGAACACAAAUUAAAGAAAGAUUUCUGAAAAAGGCUGGCAGUGGGAAGGGGAAGUGUUGCAAAAUUUGAUUCAUUGUAAUGGUUGGAUUUCUGAAGAGCUGUUGACAGUUUUAAAACAGAUGAACUUUGCAGAGUGACUUAAAUUAACAUCUGAUUCUCUGUGUAGUAUCAGUUGAGAAUGCCCUUGAAAAUAAACUUCCUAAAAGAUCCACACUCGGUUGAUUGCAAAUCUUCUUUGGUAGUAUGUUAACGUUUCCAGGGUUUCGAAUAUGGGAUUCAUGUACAUAGUAGCAGCCACUAGCACUGUGGCUUUUGGUCCCUGAAGUAAGUUGUGUAAUGAAUUUUACAUGGACCGUGUAGUUUCACAGAACCCUCAUCCUGUCCUGAUCUUUGUAGUGGGGUGUUAGUUGAAUGUAUUACUAAGGAAAAAAUUGGGUGACCUCUGCCCACCCCCACAAAAGGAAAAAAAUCCAAGUCUUCCCUCUAACUUGGGGUUGGGAUCCAGUACUUUUGUGGAGAAGAGAGCAAGAUGAUCAAUAUAUUUCAGUGCUGACAUGGGCCCUCAGGUUCACAAUGAACUCAAACUAUGCAAAUUGCUUUUCUCCCCCAGUCUACUGAAAAUUUGAAAACAAAAAAUCUCAUUGAAUAUAGAUUUGUCAAGUGGUUUAAUAAUCUCAAAAUUAGGCUUUGUAUUUCAACAGAACUAUAAAUUUUGUGUUGAUUCUUAUUUUUGUAUUAUAGAUUUGAAACUUUUAUUGUGGUGCAAAUGGCUAGCUGAUUUGAAUUGUAGAUUAGAAAAAACAUUUUGUAAACUGCUUCCUUUUCUCUCCCAGUUCCACAUCCCUUUUGGAGGUUUAUUUGAUAGAUUUUUUUGGAUUCUUUAAAAUUUGUAACUCAUAUUUGUGGGGAAAUGGAGAUAAUUAUCAAUUUGUUUUUUUUAUGGGAGCUGUCAAACUUUUAUGAAUGUGGAGUCUUUAUAGGCUUUAUGGGUCUGUAAAUGUAGCUGUGGAUACUGCCAUUAAUGUUUAUUUGAGUUUGUUAACAAAAUGUGUAAAGAGGUAUUGAUUGGUGUAAGCCUAUUUGUAGUUCUCAGGCAGCUUGCUGCCAAUGCUGUGAUGUUGAUGUAGCGCUGAUGUUUGUGAAGCAGAAUUAAUAUGAGUUGGAUCCCUGUGGAGGCUGUCGGCCAUGAACACCAAUCCUGUGUAGAAAGAGCCAUUCCACCAUGACUGGCUUGAAUAGUUUACAGCUGCGUUCACAUUUCAGCUGCAUCAUUGUUUCAGGGCUGAUAGCUAAAUCUGCACACUGAUUCUAAACCAUUCUACAAUUGGGUAAGAGUUUUCUCAGGAAUUACAUUAUAACUUCAAAACUGUCUUGCACCAAUGUUGUAGUGUAAUAUUGGAGCCUUAAAUAAUGGAUUUGGGUCUUUAGGAAACAAACGUUUAAAACAGCAAUUUUCAAAAUAUUAAGAGAUCAAUCAAUUGGGUUUGUGAUCUAAAUAUUGCAAUCUAUGGGGAGUUCUGUGCAUAUUUGUUUAUUCCCUGUGAUACUCAUGGCAUGUACUACAGUGGCUGAAUUAUCAUUGAUGUGGAUAUGCUGGUGUUGGACUGGGGAGGACAAAGUCAGAAGUCACACAACACCAGGUUAUAGUCCAACAGGUUUAUUUGAAAUCACAAGCUUUCAAAGCGCUGCUCCUUUGUUAGGUGAAGCCAGUUCACCUGUUGGACUAUAACCUGGUGUCGUGUGACUUCUGACUAAAUUAUCAAUGUAGAUGAGCUUCAGAUUUUACCUGCAGUUUCUCUAGGAACAAUGUAAAGCAAAUGAUUUGAAUUUGUCUUAACUUAUGGUAGUUGUUGAUUGUUCUAAUGGUGAUCAGUUAAUCAGUUAGUGACCAGUUCAUGUCCCCAGCUCAUUGCCAACACCCCCCACCCCCCCAAUCUCUGCUGGAAACCAAAGGCAAGUAAGUGGAGAGCAUAUAAUUGGACUUUAUGCUGUCACAGAUUCACUCCUAUUCGGCAUUCCCACCGCAACACUUUUAAGGAUAUUGAGGUUACUUGUAACUAAGUUAAUACAAGUGGGGAAUUGAAGUUUGGAAACUCUUGUUAUGUGGGGCUCAGUACCAUACUAUGCUGUAGACUUACCCACUGAGCCAUUGGAGAAUCUUUUUCUUUUUAGAUUGCCCUCGUGUUUUUAAAGAUAAUUUGGGAACAAUCUAUUAUUGCAUGAACCUUCUCACAUUUUGAGGCAUGUAACUGAAGCCUUCCAGAUUUAUUUGUCAUUACAGUAUUAAUCUUUGAUUCAUAUAAGUUUUUAUUAGCAAGUAACUUAAUCAACUAAUUGUCUAAUAUUAAUUUGAAGAGAUGAUAUGCUGGAUUGUCUGCCCAAGUGUGCUGUGCACAGAGCUUAACCAUAAGUUCGUGCCCUUGAUUAACAAGUUCUGAAGGUCCACUUAAAGCCCUGGUACAAUUCAACAGAAGGACAACCAGGCCACUAGUCAUCCUAAACUGCUACUUGUAUGUACAUCCAAAGGUAGAUUUUCUUGCUGAUAUGAAAAUACAGAGCAGUGAAAAAGAGGAAUUCCCCACUUUACAAGGAAAAAAAGUUCAUUUUAUCAUCUAGGCAAAGCAAUGAGUUCGAAAAAUUAAGUACUGUUGAGGUGUGUUGACUGCUUUGAAUGUUCAGUACAAAGAUGUUCUCUUAUCUCUAACAUUUUUUUUGGAAGAAUUUAUGGAAGAGUGACAGGCUAUAGCUGCCUUCGGUGGAGCAUUAUUAUGCCUUACUCCAUAUUAUCUAAAUCUUUAUAAUCUUUCUUUGCAUAAACUUUGGUAGUAAAAUCAUAAUUCUGUUGCGCAACCAUGCAGAAAAUGCAAAUGCUGGAAACUUGGAAUAAAAAUAUCCAGAAAGGCACAAAUCAGUCACCUUAUAAGGAACUGAUAUUUUGAAGAACGAUCCUGUCCAAAGUGUUAAUUGAUUUUUUUUUUAUUUUUGUACUUUAUUCCAUGUGAUUGCAAAUUUUAAGGCUGCUUCAAUAAAAGGGAAGACUCCUGAUAAUCCUUUUAACUGUUUCUUCAUUUGAAAUCUUUAUUUUCCUCUGCUUUCAAUCAAAGGAAAACAAUGCAAUGGAUUACAAGGGACUGGAUGGUGGUUGAUAUCACUGUUUGUGUUGUAUAUGAAUGUUUUAUAGUGCAUACAAACAUCAGGGAAUUUCUAACAUCAAUGACCUUCAUAUUUCUCUUGUUCUACGUUCGUAUUGUAACCAACCUCUGUAUAGUUUAGAGUUGUAUUGAUCAUUCAAUCGGAUGGCUUAUUUUCCUAAUAGGAUAAAUGAAGGACGAUAAUUAAUCUGUCAAAAAUCAUCACAAAUGCUUAAAACACAAAGCAGACUUGAGAACAGUUGAAUGUUUUAUUGUAUAACCAAUGUCGACAUUGAUUUUCGAAUUGUACCAUUAAGUUACCAGCAUGUAAAGUUUAAAACAAUUACUUAUGUAAAUUUUGACAAUGGAACCUUCAAAACCCAGGUUGUUAGAUAGCUGUGGCUUGGUUGUGAACUGAUACGGGGUUUGAACAGGUAUACUGUAGUUGGGAUGAUAUCCGGGCUCCGUAAGUGAAAGACUGUUUAGAAAACUUGGAAAGCUGCAAUUGACAAUGCUGUUGGAAACCUGUGCCCAUUUGCAUGGUUAUGCCAAUAUUUUGGAUUUGCUUCAAUCAUAUUCAUGUGGCAUGUAGAAAUUGCCAAAUUUCUACAGACCAGUGAAAAUGCAAAUGAGAAGACUCUAACUAAAGUAUGCCAGUUGAUGUAAACAGCCUCAAGAAGAUUAAAUGUGAUAUUAACUUCUGAAUGUAUUAUGACCAAAUUCAUUUGAAACCACUUACCACCCAGUUAUUACUUUUAUUUUCUUAUUACUAUCCCAGUACCAAUCCCUACAAAGUGGUGGGUCACAUUUUGGGAUUCAUGCAUAUGUCAGGUUGUAAAGCAGAAGGUUGCAAUAUGGAUUAAUGCCAAUGGAAUGAGUAAAAUAUGAAGUCAAAGCAGAUUUUUUUGAAAAAAAUGUCCCCAGAAGUGAUACAGCUGUAGAUGCAGUAAAUUAUGUUGCCCAACAGCGUGCAAGCAAAUUGAAUUUAAUGCAUCUCAAGUACCAGGGGAGCUGCAUUUUAUUACCUUUAGCUACUCAUAGAUCUGGGAGUAUGUCCAGAACCCAUGUCUUAUUGGUUAAUGGAAUUCACCUGGAGGUGGGUACAAUUGUGUCUACUAAAUGUUUUUACAGUGCUCUAAGAACAAUUUUGAACUUGUUAAAUAUGCUAAUGGCAGGAUAUCACAGCUGUCCUUUUAGGUUGCUGUGUUUGGGGUGUCUCACUAGGCAUUUUGAAGUUUACUAUAAUAUAAUUGGAACUUUGACAUUAAGGGAAACGUAGUUUUAGUUGAAACAAGCAGGGUUGUCCAUACAGUUGGCCAAGUGUAACGAGUAAGUUGUUCAGUUCUAUAAAAUACUCAACACAAAUUGAGGUUAAUUUUCGUCCCAACUCUUGCAUUCCAACUGAAAGAUAAAAGCACAAAAAUCUCAACACCUUAUAUGGUAUAAUGUUGUAUCUGGCCUUGGCUGACUUUUCCCUUACUCAAAGACCAAUAUUUGGCAUGUGCUUUACUACUAGAGAAUUAGAUAUGACUCAUUAUGCCAAUAGGACUACAUGAUUUAGUUGCCUGAGUGAAAAUGGUGUGAAGCUACUUUUUUCCCCUCACUAAUCAUCUUGUACUUAAUCAGCUGUAUUACUGAAAUAAAAUUUGAUCAAUGAAUGAA